CACACGCAUUCACUUGACACACAGAUUGAGGAAGUGAAGUAAGGUGAGUGAGAGAACGGCCAGACACACAAACAUAAGCUGCAGAUGAACCAAACAUGAAGGACAGAAACGUCCAAGGAGGAGUUCUGCUGCUCAUCUGUCUACAGCUCACAGGGGUUUGCUGUGAACGUGAUGCAGUCUUUAUUUUCAGUGCAGUUGGCAGUGAUGUCCUGCUGCCUUGUUCACCUCCUGAGGGCCCAGGAUGUUCUCAAGUCUCCUGGACAUUCUUCGGAGGCCGUAUUCACAGCUACGAGGUCAGGGACGGGCAGCUGUCGGGGAAGAAAGCAAGUCGCAUGUCCCUCUUGUCCAACUGUUCCCUCGUCUUUCGUGACCUCAUGCUGGAAGACGUCGGCACCUACACUUGCCUCACUAAGACAAAAUCCACUAGUAAUGUGUUCCUCUCUCUCCUCUCCAUGACUUCUGUUUCUCAAAUCUCUGAGCUGCGGCCCAGUGGAACUCUGGUCCUCAGCUGCGUCCUGUUCACCUACUACGACGCCGGAAACUGUGCCAGAAACCAUUCUAGAAAUUUCAGACUUUACUGGGCUAUGGAGGACGGAGCUGAGCUGCCCGCUGACGACAGGUACAAAUUGACUGACCCUACACCCUGCAACAUCACUUUGGUAAUUCAACUCAAAAAGGAGGACAACAACAGGAAGUGGAGAUGUCAAGUGAAAACCGCAGAAAACGGCGUGUCCAUCAUAAAGGAGUUUACGUCCGCCUUCUUGUUCCAUGAAGAAGGUGUGAGUGUGGGUCCCCCUCCUCAGAGAGACUGUCCUGUCCAGCUGCCCAUCAGUCGUGUUGUUCUGUGUGUGGUUCUGCCCCUCAUGGUCAUCACAGUGGGAGUCUUCUCCUGGAGAAGAGACCGUGUGAAUGCCAACGUCUCUAAAUUCAAGACCGAUGUCCAGGAAGUUAUCUAAGGUGUCAUUUUUGUCCUUUCUGUUGCUCCAUGUGUAUUUUUUAUAAAUAUAAAAUAUAUAGUCACAACUUUCCAUGUAAAAAUAUGGAAUGUCAUAUUACAAAAUGUAAAAAAAAAAAACAGUUUUGUUGGGAAGUUAUAAGCCCCGUGUAUAAAAAACUGUCGUGUUGUUUUUUUCUUUAGUUCAAAUUAAGUGUGAAGAGCUGUUGUCACUGACAGGAUGUAAAUAGUUUAAGUGUGUAUAUUUAUUCUCCCUUAUUUGGUCUUAGGGAAUUGUAUGUAAAUUAUAACUAUUUCAAAUGGCUCUCUGUUUAAAGCUAGAUUCUUAGUCCAUUAGACAAUUAAUGUGAAACAGUCUAAAAACUAAAGAUGAAGUAAUCAUUUAAUAUAGAUUAUCAGGGCUAGAAAUGUUUUAUUGAUUUAGAAUUGUUUUGUGUCGUUCUUGCAAACCACAGCUGACAGUUACAACAACAGUGUUUACUUAUUGGUGAUGGGAUAAAAGCAGAGGUCACAUUUAGUUGUGUGGAGUUCACUUUCCUAUACACCGACUAAAGUUCUAUAUUUUAAUGACAUCACAGUCAUCUUUUCCGGUAGUCCCCCCUGUUGAAAACUACAUCCGGUAACAGGAAACGUUAAGUCGGUUGUUGACGAUUAUUUUAGGAAUAAACUGUUCACUAGCUUUAAAGAAAUGUUUUUAUUGCUGAUGCUCCUACCGAAAGCAUUUGCAAUGUACUUCCAGUAGGAAGAGCCGGAUAUAAGCGUGUUUCUUCAUCUGUCUAACACAUGUAUUAAAUUCAUUUAUUUUGGUGGAAAUUGAAGAAAUAAUCAUUUUUGAAAGUUUAUUAAAAUGAGAGAAAUAUC